AAAGCCAGGAGCUGUUUUCUGUGGAAUGUCACCCAGGCAUCCCCAGAGAUCAGAGCAAAGCUGCUUAUACAGCCUGGUGCUCUCCCUCCAGUUCCUGCUGCUAUCAUGUGACCUCUUUGUCAGUUCCUUCUCAGAGCCACCCUGACUGGCCCCUGUCGUUUAGCUUUUUUUUUUUUUUUUUUUUUUUUUUUUUUUUUUUUUUUCACACUUCAUCUUCCAGGCUGGCCUGGCCAACAUUCUAUGCCCUAACUUCAUCCUCACAGCUCUGUUCUUUGCUCUCAGCAUCUCCCUUCAGGUCUGGGUCAGGAAUUCACCCUGCAAAGACUCCAACCACUUGGUCUGGACAGAGGGACAUCAAACAUUGUUUGUAUUCCAGAGACUAGCAGCAGGGACUCUGGGUGAUCCUCGCUUCUCCCAGUACUCUUCAUGGCUGCAGGAGGAGUUCACGCAAGUUCAAGGGCAGGUAAAUCAAGGAUUUCAUUUGUCUACUGGCCUCAGAUUGCAAUGCAGUCGUAGAGUUUCCAAUAGAAACGCACACUGCAUGGGAGCAGAACAUGAUGAUUCAGAUCCGAUCCAAUCAGGCACUAUGUUAUCACUGGAUACUUCAGGGUCAGUGCAGACAAGUCAGAGAGUUAAAACAAAUCUGCGGGAGAUGAGUCGCAGAACGCCAGGCUCCCAAGAUCGACCUCCAGGAACUUCAGCAGGUUCUCCAAAUAAAUAA